GAGAGUCGUCUGGGCCGCGAUGUCUCUUGGCAGCGUUCUCACGCCCAACAAUGCGCUCGUUCGAGACGCACGAAUGAAGCGCUUUGAUCGUCGGCCGGCGUCCGCGGAGCCCUUGGCCAACGCUGCUCCGCCGCAACCACCGGCCCAGGUGGACUCAAUCGCACUCUUCAAGAUGGGCUUUGCUCCGGACGCCGUGGGGCAGGCGCUGGUCAGCACUCGCGGCGACGCCGGCUCAGCGCUGAAGCUACUGGAGAAGGAGAAGAGGCAGGCAAAAGCUCCAACUCAGGUCGAUUCAGAGCCUCCGACUGAAGCUAAGGCUGAUGCCCAUGCCACUCCUUGCGCCGAGCAUGCCGAGCAAGACGAGGCGAGGGAGCUGCAGCUGGCCCUUCACAUGUCCCUCCAGCCAGACACCGCUGGCGCCUCUACGUCCUCCUCGUUCCGCUCGGCCGGAAGCUCUUCCAAUCCGCUUUGGGAACCGCCGAGGUACCUUCCGGCAGGCUCCAUCGAGGCGGGGCCAAGGACGCUGGGCCUGCUGGAGCACAUUCAGGUCAGAGACGGUGGCUACGCCUGGCAGGGCGGAACAGCCUUCCUGGACACAGGCAAUCAGGCACUGACCCUCAUCGACCCGCGCUUUGCUGAGCGGCAUGGCGUUUACCGCCGCGGCUCGGGUCUCGGCACCUCGGCCUUUGGCCAGGCCGAGCGCUGGACAACGAUCCGCGGAGUUGUGCCCGGCGCCGAGACGCGCGCGCCCGUGGUGACCGUGCUCCUCAAGCUCCGCGACCAGGAGAUGCUGGUGCAGGCGGCGGUGAGCCCGUGCACCGGCCACGAUCUGCUGCUCGGCGCGGACGUGAUCAGGCGCCUCUUCGAGGCGGGCUUCCGGCUGGGCGCAGGGAGCAUGUAGCCGAUCUGGGUCUGAGCAUGUAGUCGAAUAAGGUGCGUGUUUUACCGCUCCUGCUUCGUCGUCAUACGUCAUUGCCUGCCAAGGCCCAAGCGGCCCCGUGCCCAGCGUAAAGAAAGGAAACAAAUACGCGAGGUGAGCAGUGUCCGUGUGUGAAGGGUUUUUGUGAUUCUUUUGUUGCGGCA